AUGGCUAGAGGCAGGAAAUCAUUGCGUUCAUCCGGACCCAAACCGGUUCAGGAGGCGUCCCAGAUUGUUAAAGAAGAAUCCAAAAACAAAGAGGCCAACACCACAGAGGCGGAAAAAAAUCAGGAUGCCGACGCCGAGGAUGAAAAUCAAGAACUGAAACCAGAAGCGGAAGAAGAGGAAGAACAACUUGGUCCUACGCCCAAGAAAAGGAAAGUGGCACAGGUAGACGACGAUGAGGAGGAAGGCGAAGCGGGCGAAACCAAAGACAGCUUAGCCGAUGACGAUGAUGAGGCCGAUGCUGACAACAACAACAACAAUAACAAUGGAGACGGAGAAGAAGAAGAUGGAGAAGAAGAAGAUGGAGAAGAAGAAGAAAAUAAUAAUGAAAAUGACAAUGAAGACGACGACGAUGACGACGACGACGACGAGGAAAAUCUUAAAAAACGCGGGCGCAAGAAGAAAAAGAAAUCAACCCUCUUCAAAGAAAGCGACGUAUUCGACUCGGACGGCAACCCCAUCGACACCUCGAACGACGAAGUGCGCAUCCCCAACGAAGACCCCUUGGGCUGCGCCAAGAUCGACUCCUUGGGCAACUUGACCGGCAACCGCGAGUUCCGCAUGCGCACAUUCAAGAUCUUAGGCGAAGGGGACCGUCUCUACAUGAUCUCAACGGGGCCAGCGCGCCUAGUCGGGUUCCGCGACUCCUAUUUGUUAUUCAAGACCCACAAGACCUUGUUCAAGCGGGUAUGCGACUACGAUCAGAAGAUGGACUUGAUCCAGCGGGGGAUCAUCCCUAACUCGUACAAGGGUCGCGCUGUCAAUUUAGUUAGCGCCCGGCUGAUUUUCCGCGAGUUUGGCGCGCGCAUGAUCAAGGAAGGUAAGAAGGUGAUUGAUGAUUUCUGGGAAGCGCGCGCCGUGGCGAAUGGCGACGUUGCGGGCGAAUACGCUGACCCGGACGAGUUCUACAAGAGCAAAUUGUCGAGUUUGUUGGGCGAUGGCUCGAGUGGUGGCGCUGGGGGUGGGUUGGGUGUUGGUGGGAUGGGCAUUGGCAGCUCGUCGACUCCGUUGGCGCCCGUUCCUAUUGUCAAUUAUCAAACUGAUGAAACUUGGCUCUAUCAAAUCGCCAAGCAGUCGCUGGAGUAUAAUUCUAAGCUAGCGGAGUUGAGAUUGGGCGUGGCGGCUUCAGGGGUAAGGGAUGUGUUUACGAACACUAUCCACUUUCCCGUGCUGUUGACCCAGGCUCGUACGUGUACGGUUUCCAAGUUGGGCCAAGGCAAGGAGUUGGUUCGCGAUGUUGUUUUCAAGACGCAUGAUUUGAGGCGGCCCAUUGUCGGGUUGGCUGAUGUACCGCGGGAGAUAAUCGACGAGAUUGAAGAUGAAGAGAUUAGACACGCGGCGUUAGAACAACAGGAGUAUGAGAGGAGCUCUGUAGUAUUAUAA